AUGGCAGCCCACAUUACUACCGGCGGGCAAAACAAUGCCCUGUACGACGCGACCAAGACCAACGAGAAGACACAUUCUAUUGUAGAUCUACCAAAGUCCAACAACUUCACCACGAAUCUUCCACCAGACCAAAACUUCCCCACUCCAUCCAGUUCCCAUGCUGCCGAGCGAAGAGAACUCGGUCCUCGCUUGGUCAAAGGCGCUCUCUACACAUACGUUCGCCCCGACCCACCUACCAAGUACGAAGUCCUUGCUGUCUCGCCCGCCGCACUCCAAACGCUCGCCAUCGACCCAUCUUCGACAGACUCACAGGACUUCAAAGACACAGUCUCUGGCAGCAAGAUCCUAACAUGGGACGAGGCCAAGGCUUCAGAGUCGAACAUGCUGCCCGAAGAACAACAAAGAAGAGAACAGAUAUAUCCUUGGGCACAAUGUUAUGGAGGCUACCAGUUUGGUCAAUGGGCAGGUCAGCUGGGUGAUGGCCGCGCUAUAUCCUUGUUCGAGACCACAAACCCAAACUCAGACGUCCGCUACGAGGUUCAACUCAAAGGUGCAGGCAAAACGCCUUACAGUCGAUUCGCCGAUGGCAAAGCUGUUCUGCGAAGCAGUAUCAGAGAGUUCGUUGUCAGUGAGAGCUUGCAUGCUCUAGGAAUCCCUUCUACUCGUGCACUGGCUUUGACUUUUACUCCUGAGGACAAGGCUCUGAGAGAGCGUAUCGAGCCUGGUGCCAUCGUCACUCGCUUUGCUCAAAGUUGGUUGCGUUUUGGUACUUUCGAUCUUCUACGCUCUCGUGGUGAUCGAGCCCUUAUUCGGAAGUUGGCCACAUAUGUCGCCGAAGAUGUCUUUGGUGGUUGGAAGAACCUUCCAGGUGCUCUGAAAGUAGGCGAGGUCACCGAGACGGCCACUGAUCCAGAACGCGGAUUCGCGGCGACUAUCGUACAGGGCGAGAACGAACACGAAGAGAACCGUUUCACACGUCUUUACCGCGAGAUUGCCCGCCGAAACGCGAAGACAGUCGCAUAUUGGCAAGCCUACGCUUUCACAAAUGGUGUAUUGAACACAGAUAACACAUCCAUCUUCGGCUUGUCUAUCGACUUUGGCCCUUUCGCCUUCCUUGACAACUUCGACCCCAGCUACACACCUAACCACGACGAUCAUAUGCUCCGCUACAGCUACCGCAAUCAACCGAGCAUCAUCUGGUGGAACCUUGUGCGUCUAGGUGAGGCAUUCGGCGAGUUGAUUGGCGCUGGAGCCCGCUGUGAUGACAACGAGUUCGUCACAGAAGGUGUUAGCAAGACUUGGGCCGACGAGCUGAUCAAGCGCGCCGAGACGUUGAUCGAAAAGACCGGCGAAGAAUUCCGCGCAGUGUUCAUGGCAGAAUACAAGCGUCUCAUGUCUGCACGUCUGGGUCUCAAGCAAUGCAAGGACUCCGACUUCGAAGUUCUCUUCUCCGAGCUGCUGGACACGCUCGAGGCGUUGGAGCUCGAUUUCAACCACACUUUCCGUAAACUCAGCAACAUGGACUUGUCAGAGAUCGAGUCGGAAGAGCAAAGAAAGGAAGUCGCAGGCCGCUUCUUCCAUCAUGAAGGUCUCGGCGAUACUGUAGGUACCAGCGAGGACGAUGCCAGAACCAGAAUUGCAAAGUGGCUCGAGCAAUGGCGCAACCGUGUCAUUGAGGACUGGAGCGAAGGCAAGGACGCCGAGCGCCAGGAGGCCAUGAAGAAGGUCAACCCCAAGUUCAUUCCCAGAUCAUGGAUCUUGGACGAGCUGAUCGACAGAGUAGAGAAGAAGGGCGAGCGUGAAAUCCUUCAGGGUGUCAUGAAGAUGGCCCUCAAUCCUUUCGAAGAGUCAUGGGGCUGGAACAAGGAAGAGGAAGAUAGAUUCUGUGGUGAUGUGCCUCACAUCAAGCGUGCGAUGCAGUGCAGUUGCAGCUCUUGA